AUGGAGCUGACAAUCGAGUUUAAAGAUUUUGUUGAAAUUCGUUUGACAAAUAAAAAAGAUAAGGGUAAAAUAAUUUUUUCUGUUGAAGAUGCAAAGUUUAUUAGAAGUGGGAUAAAGAUAAUAAAGAUUAAUGGCAGUUUUGGUAAAAAUUACAGAACGGGAAUCGAAAUUGCAGGAAGAUGUCAUGAAGAAAAAUAUUUUAGUGUAAAUUUUUUGUGUAAUUUAAAGAAGAGUCGUAAUGAUUGUGCGACGGGUGCAGGUUAA